CCUGCGAACAUCUACGUAUCCACUACCGAUUACUUGGCAAGUUCUGACGUGUUUACGGAGAGCAUUUCCAAGGAUGAAAAAAAUAUAGCCACCGACAUAUCUACAGUCAUUGCCAACACCAUACUGGGUAUCAUAAUGGGCAGCCUAUUCUUCAAUAUGAGCGAGGAUGCGGAUAACCUACAGCAGAGAUCCCUGCUUAUCUUCGUUGCACUAAUGGUAAAUGCCUUCGUCCCGGGCCAGGAGGUUAUAGUGAUGUGGGCCCAGCGGCCUAUUGUCGAGAAACAAGGUCGCUAUGCCUUCUACCAUCCGUUCACUGAAAGACUGGCCUCCUUAAUCAACGACUUGCCUGUCAAGAUUGCUAUAUCUUUCAGCAUACACCUCCCCAUCUACUUUAUGGCAAACCUUCGCCAAACUGCAGCAGCGUUUUUUGUGUACUGGCUGUUUAUGUUCGUUAAUCUCAUCACUAUGUCGAUGCUCUUUCGGAUGAUUGGGUCAAUCACGCGGACACGGGAGCAGACUACCGUGCCCGUCUCCGCUAUAGUACUGCUAUGUAUCAUCUAUACGGGUUUUAUUGUGCCGCCAGACUACAUGGUUCCAUGGCUUAGCUAG